UGCUUGAGUGGAUUUUUAAGGCCUGGGUUAGCUAAAGGGAAGGUUGUUCUCUGUUUCGCACCUAGCACUACCCAAGCAUCCCAAGCAGUUCCUUCAGCGGGGGGAAUAGGUGCCAUCUUUGUGCAACAAUCAAACAACAUCUUAACUCCAUGCACACCAAUUCCAUGCACUCAAGUGGAUUACCAAGUUGGCACUCAGAUACUUUCUUACAUCCCAAAGUCCAGCCAGAUAUAACUGCUCUUGGGGUCUACAUUUUGGCUGCGGCACCAACGUCAGACUCGACAAGCGACAAGUUUGUAUUCAUGUCAGGAACCUCAAUGUCAUGCCCCUAUGUAGCCGGCCUAGUCGCUUUGCUCAAGUCUAUCUAUCCCAAUUGGUCUCCUGCUGUAAUAAAAUCCGCUCUUGUCACCACUGCAUCAACAAUAGAAAAAAAUGAAGAGCCAAUGCUAGCAGAGGGAAGUCCCCGCAAGGUGGCCGACCCCUUCGACUACGGUGGUGGCCAUGUGAUCGCUAACCUAGCUGCUGAUCCCGGUCUCAUUUAUGACAUGGAUAUUUCUGACCAUAUCAUGUUCCUCUGUGCCAUGGGCUACAACAAUUCUGCCAUCUCAUUCGUCGCCUCAGAAAAAAUCUCCUGCCCUAAGGAGCCCCCCUCAAUACCAAAUCUAAACCUACCCUCUAUUGUACUUCCUGAGCUUAAAACUUCAGUGACCAUUACAAUAAAGGUUACCAAUGUGGGUGAGGUCCAUUCAGUCUACCAAGCUAUGGUUUUGUCUCCUACUGGUGUGAAAGUAGUAGUGGAACUUGCAGUUUUAUACUUCAAUAAUGCAACCAAAGUGCUUCCUUUCAAGGUGACCUUCACAGUGGUACACCAGAUGUAGGGGGACUAUACCUUUGGGAGUUUGAUUUGGAGUGAUGGCGAGCACUUUGUUCGUAGCCCGAUUGCUGUACGCAGGGUGAUGUACGACUCCUAUGCAGAUAUCUAUUGAAGUUCAACAAAUAUUCUUAACUAAGUGCCUUUUAAAAUAAGUUGUACCUCAAAAAUCUAUCCGAAAAAGUUACUCAAAUACUGAAAAACUCUCAAAUUGAUCAUCUCGACCUCAAGUUGUAUGAACAUGAAUAAAAAACUUUGAAGUCUUAAAAAUACUACAUCUUAUCUAGACGAUCUAUUU